UUGGCAUGGUUCUGACCGGUAUUUUCAAGCGUUUGUUUGAGAACUACGCUGGACAGAUUGGCUACGCGCUACUGUUUGGGUUCUAUGGCGGCUACUGGACGACAUUCCUCUCCCAGGUUUCCAGAGAGUUGGUAGGACCAGAGUUUGUUGCCAUGGGUAACGGCUAUCUCAGCUUCAUGAUAGCCGUUGGCGGGCUUGUGGCUGGACCAUGUGCUGGCAUUCUGAUCCAGGAAGAGAAGCAGUUCCACUAUGCCAUCUACAUGGCAGGUGCCUCGUUGAUAUGGAGCAACGUGAUACUCCUGCUGUUCAAGUUUAAGAACUGCGGGCCGCUACCCUCGGCCGAGGAUUCGUGCGGACCAAGAAAGGUGCCGCUUCUUGAUGAGGAGCAGUACGAACCUGUGAAGGUCAAGGCCACCGCAAACGGCCAGACAUUAAUCUGCAAUCCUAAUGAAUUGAUCCAGUCACCUGAAACAGAUAUUUAACUUGGAAGAUCCUCUUUUGUCAGUAGUGUGUAAUCCGUCCAUUCCACCCUCCUGCACUGUAACCAUCCAGCACUGAGCCUCAUGUGUGCAAUAUGAAUAUGUCACCAUGGAAGCCAGACAUGUCUGCUUCUUAACUCACCAUGUAGACUUAACACA